AUUAUUUAUCCACUUCAUUUGAUGAUUGUCUUAGAAACAAUAAGUGGUAGGCAAUAGUUUAAUCAGAUAAAAAGACCACUUAUUUCACUUGACGCAGAUCCGACUUUCCAGUACUACCAAGUUUUGAGCCAGCAAGAUCCUCACAGUUGCGAAGCGACCAACAUUUGAGUAAUCGGGUUCAGCAGCAAAUAAAAAAUGGAAAAACUGACUCUCCUACUCUUGCUGGCAUCCAUAGCCUUGGCAUCAGCGAAAUUUCCGUUCUACAGUACCAAGCCCUUCAUCCAUAAACCCGCGGAAGACUUAGGCGAACCGCUGCUGCUAACACCCUUCAUCCAAUCGUCACAACUGGAAGAAGUGCGCGAAGCCGCCGAAGUCGACCCAGACAAAUUCCUAGGCGUAAGAAGCUACUCGGGAUAUUUCACUGUUGAUGAACCGAACAAUGGAAACCUGUUUUUCUGGUUUUUCCCAUCGGCUAGCAACUACGAAGAAGAUCCAGUGCUUCUCUGGCUGCAAGGCGGUCCAGGAGCGUCCAGUUUAUAUGGGCUGUUUACGGAAAAUGGGCCUUUCGUGGUGGAAGACGGCGAAUUGGGGCUUCGCAACUACUCCUGGCAUAAAAACUUUUCGCUUUUGUAUAUCGAUCAACCCUUGGGAGUGGGUUACAGUUUUACCGAUGGGCCGCUGGUCAGUGACCAGACUCAAGUUGGAGAACACUUGUAUAGUGCCUUAACGCAAUUCUUCACCGUGUUUUCCGAGUUGAGAGACAACGAGUUCUUCAUAUCGGGUGAAUCUUAUGCAGGCAAGUACGUGCCUGCUAUUGGUCACACGAUUCUUCAAAACAACGAUCGAGCUGACGUGAGAAUCAACCUGCAAGGCAUUUUGAUUGGAAACGGCCUAUCGGACCCGAAGAAUCAGUUCAAUUAUGGCGACUUGUUGUACCAGUUGGGGUUGAUUGAUUUGGCUACAUUGGAAGAAGCGCACACACUCGAGAGCUCCAUUCAAGAGUUCAUUGAGGAAGAAGACUACGAGUCGGCCACUUUUAUAUGGAACAACAUGCUCCAGUCCCUGUUCUAUGACCCUACAGGGUUGAUGGAUAUCUACAACUUCGUGCAAGAUGAAGACAACAGUCCGAGCGACUGGGAGGAGUUCAUUGUGCAGAACGAAAUCAGGCAGGCGCUUCACGUUGGCAGUCAAGAGUACCUAUCAGAAAGCUAUGAAGUCUACUACUCCCUCUAUGAAGACAUCACGAAAAGCGUCACUGACUGGGUCAUUGAGCUGCUAAGUCACUAUCGAGUGCUGCUCUACAACGGACAAUUGGACAUCAUUGUUGGAUACGUACUGACCGAGAACUAUGUUCAAAAGUUGCAGUACAGCGCGGCCGAGGAGUAUGCAACUGCCCAAAGAGAAGUGUGGAAAGUUGGGGACCAAAUCGCCGGUUACGCCAAAACAGCCGGAAAUUUAACCGAAGUUUUAGUUAGAAAUGCUGGCCACAUGGUUCCAAUGGACCAGCCAGAGUUCGCCUACGAUCUACUCAUGAAGUUCACCAAGAACAAGCCAAUUGCUGGACAAUGAUUGAUUAAAUUGUGAAUAAAACAGCACUUUUAAACGAA